UUCUGUUUGGAAAUAAUGGCAGAGAAGCAAUAUAACCAAAGAAUGAAGUAUGUUAUCAAGUUUACAGAGAAAAAUAAUUGGGUGAGUUUGCAGUUGCUCCUCUUCCUCCUAGUGCUCUUUUUCUUUCCACGUGUAGUGUCUUCUGGCCAAAUUGUCAGGACCUUACCAGGCUUUGAUGGUGAACUUCCUUUCACUCUUGAAACUGGGUACAUUACAGUUGAAGAAUCACAACUGUUUUACUAUUUCAUAGAGUCGGAAGGGAAUCCAAAAGAAGACCCUCUUUUGCUAUGGUACAGUGGAGGCCCUGGUUGCUCUGCUUUCAAUGGACUUAUUUAUGAAAUUGGUCCACUAGCUUUCAACAAAACAGAGUAUGAGGGAGGUACGCCCACAUUGGAAUAUUACCCAUACUCAUGGACUCAGACUUCGAGCAUACUAUUUCUUGAUGCGCCAGUGGGCAUAGGUUUCUCUUACGCUACAAAUUUGAGUGCAUAUUCUACCUCCGACACUGCUUGUGCUUACUAUUUAUUUGGAAUUGCAAUGCAGUGGCUGAUUGAUCACCCAAAAUACCUCAAAAAUCAGUUGUUCAUUGGGGCUGAUUCUUAUUCAGGCAUAACUGCUCCAAUAGUAGUUCAACAUAUAUUAGAGGGAAAUGCUGUUGGGGAGAGGCCACGCUUGAAUCUCAAAGGCUAUAUUCUUGGGUGUCCGCGAACAGAUGUAAUUAUUAAUGAAAAUUCAAAAAUAUCAUACUCUCACCGGAUGGGACUUAUAUCUGAUGAACUUUAUGAGGAGACCAAAAUAACUUGUAAUGCUAAUUAUUAUGAUGUGGAUCCAAACCAAGCAGAGUGCUUUGAAAGCCUUCAAAAGAUUGCAAACUUGAUUCAUGAUAUAAACAAAAAUGAUAUAUCGGAACCAAAGUGUACUUGGGCAUCCCCAGAUCAAAAUGGAGAAACCGAUAGACGAUCACUAGAGCAGCAAUCGGGAAAUUUCAUUCUCUCACCUCCCGAAAUUCCAGAAAUGUGGUGUCACAAUUUCAAUUAUGCGCUCUCCUAUAUUUGGGCAAAUGAUGAGAGUGUCCGACAGGCCUUGUAUGUUACAGAGGGAACAGUUAAAGAUUGGAAGAGAUGCAACAAGAACUUGGAUUACACACUGAAUGUGGAAACUGUACUUGAUGUUCAUAAGAAUCUCAGUUCAUAUGGUCUCCAAGUUCUUGUAUACAAUGGUGAUCAUGAUUUAACUGUACCAAAUACCGGAACUCAAGAUUGGAUAAAAUUGUUAAAUUUAACUAUUGUUAGUGACUGGCGGCCAUGGCUAGUUGACGACGAAGUUGGAGGGGAGCUGGGCACUCACCUCAAGAGUACAAGCGUAGGGAAUGUUAUGAGAUGUACCAAAGGUGGAUCCAUUACUAUCCUCUCUAGUAAUUUCUUUAAGCCAAUAUUUUUGUGAGAUGUUCCAGAACUUAUUACAAUACCAUCCUCUCUUAGUGGACUUUUGUGAAUCUAAUUGUAUUAAAAUUUUCUU